AUUUAUUCUUCCAGAGAUUUACCUCAUUUUGCUACACUGCCUGCCCUGCUCAGUGUGCAUUAAGUCGUUGUAUAUUAAUCAUUCUCAAGACAGUUUUUUAUAGUUUGAUGUUUUCUAAAGUUUGUGAAGAAAUAUGCAGUAUAUAAUGUUUUCAUUUUUGUGUUUGUUUGUAGCCCCGUGUGCUGUCAGGAAUCUCCAAGACUUGGCUCGUAUUUACAUUCGACGUACACUUAGAAACUUCAUAAAUGAUGAGAUGCAAGCCAAGGGCAUUCCACAGAGGGCUCCACCCAAGAGGAAAAGGAAGAGAGUUAAACAGAGAAUCAACACCUAUGUAUUUGUGGGCAAUCAGCUUAUCCCUCAGCCUCUAGACAGUGAAGAGGAUGAGAAAAUGGAAGAAGACAGCAAGGAAGAAGAGGAGAAAGAUCACAGUGAAGCCAUGAAGCGCGAGGAGCCCCCUCAGAACCUACUGAGGGAAAAGAUAAUGAAGCUACCACUCCCGGAGUCUCUAAAGGCUUACUUGACAUAUUUUAGAGACAAGUAACCUAAAACAAGGAAGAAUGCCUACUGAUAAACUCGCUCACUCUGUAAAUGUAGUGUUAAUUAGGAGUUAGAGAAUUACUUCAUUAGAAUGAAUUAUUGCAGAAAAAAAGCAUAAGUUAUUUCUCUUAAUGACAGAAAUGAUGUAUUCAGUGAUUUAAAGAGUCUCUUUCCUAAAAUCUAUUUUUCUUAAGUCUUGAAGAAUUGCUGUUUUGAUCUCAAAGUGGAAUGGGUCAAUAGUAAGAACUUUGUAUACAGUACUCUUUCUGGUCUUCAUGGAUUUGUAGUAUUGGCAAUUGAAUUUCAUUCUAUAAGAGGUUGAUACAUUGUCACACACAUAUAGGCUUAUUUAAAUUGCAGUUUGCAUUUCCGUUAUGCGAGCUUGCUUAUCUAAUAAGAAAAGCAAAUGCUUGUAGACCUAUUUACCUUACUUUUGUUCUAGACAUAUUUCGGGCAACAUAUGAGUGCAAUACUAAUUCAAGAUGCUGAAUAAUUUAGCUUUAAAAACAACCGACUUCAUGAAAUUUUACAGAUCUGAACCUUUAGCUAUUGCCAAAAGGCAUGGGGAAAAUUCCUGCUUCUCUCAUAGAGAUUUUAAGAGCACAGCUAGUGAAUGUUAAAGUAGAAAGUGGCUACUUGACACAACUAGUUUGUAUGGGCCCUUUGUGUUCUCAGUAUUUAAAGAUAAUGAGGUUUUCUUAACUGUAGACUUUGGUAGUAUAUUUAGGAUUGCUUUUCUAUAAAUAACUAUAAAGUACUAGAUUUGAAAAGUCAUUCAUUGUCCCACUUGCCUCUAAAUGCAGACAGUGAGUACGUCACAUUAAGUGACCACCACUUCUUAGGGACUGCCAGUAGCAGGGGGAAUGAUACGGCCAGUUGAGGCAUUUAGCAGUGGAACUGUUCUAUAAGUGGGUAUUUAUUUUUGACAAGGUAGGCCACACUGGCCUCAUCUGCUCUGAAUCUUCCUAAUAUAGAAAGUCAUGGAAGUUGUAUGUAGAUGCCUUUGUGUUAAAUUUUGCUUCAGAAUCAGAGUGGGAUCUCUGGGACACAUACCAAGCUCGUUUGCCUUCAUUCUGUAUUUUGUUUCUUUGAUAAAAUAAUGAUUUUCA